GGAAAGAAAACAAAGAAAAGAAAAGAACACCAGGCGACUCUGGCCCACACGCCAGGGCGCGGGCAUGGCAGACGCGCACGAGCAGCUGAGGGCGCAAUGCCUUGCUGCUGCCGAGCAGAUCGCCUCAGAGUGCGCUCAGAUACUGGAGGAUGAUAGCAUCCACCACUCAAGCCGGGGCCUAGCAGCCUGCGGCGAGCCUCUGGUGCAGCUUUUGGGGCGACAGGCCUCGCAGCUGCUCAGCCUGAGCAAGGGCGAGGGCGAGGAUGGGAGGGCCUUAUUGCUGCGGCGCAUAGACGAUCUCAUAUCCGUGGCCUACUCCAAGUUCUACGCCUACCUGUUCAAGGAACUGCCCACCUGCUGGCGCCAGCUGUACACCGACGCGAGCAUCCUCAAGUUUGCCCUCCUGUACAUGUCGUGGCCGGUCACCGACGCCGCGCUGCGAGGGCAGUACGAUGUGGCCGCGGCCGAGAAGGAGCUGGACGACAUGAUCAAGGCCCUGGACCUCGCCAUCAUCCUUGCUGGCGCAGCCGGCGACAGAAGAGGCAGGCAGUGGAUCAACAGGGCAUUUGCUCUGCUCGAGGAGGUCUGGCAGGCGGCAUCGCCAGAGAGCGCCGCUCGCCCUCCUCCAUCGCCACCCCUCGACGAGAGACCGCAGAAGCGGCCAAAGACCUCAGCCCAGUCUCCUCCCCCGAACCCCUGGCAAGACGCUCCCUCCUUCUCCUCUUACGAACCCUUCACGCCGCCCGUCACCCGCCCCGUCCGCCGGGUCCACGACCUCUCCCUCGAGGAAUUCCAGACCUACCUCACCAAGCGCGAGAACAAUGCCCCCGGCCCGCUCCCGCUCGUCAUCACCGGCCUCAUCUCCGACUGGCCGGCGCUGACCACCCGCCCCUGGCGCAAGCCCGACUACCUCCUCUCGCGCACCUUUGGCGGCCGCCGCCUGGUCCCCGUUGAGCUCGGCCGCAGCUAUGUCGACCCCGGGUGGGGGCAGCAGAUCCUGCCGUUUGGCAAGUUCCUGAGAGAGCACAUCACGGACCCGCCCUCGUCCCCACCGUUUCCCACCGGCGGCGAACAACAACAUCGGCAACAACAAAACGAAGAAGAAGAAGGACAAGAAGGAAGUAAAAAGACGGGCUACCUGGCCCAACACCCGCUCCUGACCCACCUGCCCCUCCUCCGCAACGACAUCCUCAUCCCGGACCUCUGCUUCACCGUUCCGCCUCCAUACCCCGAUAGCACCCCUCCCUCCUCUGGAGACAAGUCCACCACACGGGGGGAAGCACCAGCCCGAGAUGAACUCGUCGUCGGCGAUGACGACGAGGGCAACUACGACGACGACGAAGGAGGAGGAGGAGGAGGAGGAGGAGAAGAAGAAGAAGAAGACUGCCCGCACCUCAACGCCUGGUUCGGCCCCCCAACGACCAUCACGCCCCUCCACACGGACCCCUACCACAACCUGCUCGCCCAGGUCGUCGGGCGCAAAUACGUGCGGCUGUACCCGCCCUGGAUCGGGCCGCGCAAGAUGCGCGCGAGGGGCCGCGAGGGCGGCGUCGAGAUGGGGAACACGAGCCGGGUCGACGUCGGCGUGCUCGAGGGCUGGGACCGUCCCGCUCCCGCUCCCCGGCCCGAGGAGGGGUCCGGUGAGGAGGGGGAGAAGGAAGAAGAAGGGCUGGAAGCGGGAUGGGAGGACGAGUUCCGGAAGCUCGAGUACUUGGACUGUGUGCUCGGCGAAGGCGAGGUGUUGUAUAUCCCCGUCGGGUGGUGGCAUUAUGUGAGAGGACUGAGUGUGAGUUUCAGCGUGAGCUUCUGGUGGAGGUGAGCAACAACGACAACAACAACGGAAGGGUCAAGGCACACAGGAAGCAGGACAGCGGUGUGAGAGCGGGGAGGUUUUGAAAGAAGGAAAGAACAGGGCUGGCAAACAAAAACAGGAUAAUGGAAGCACCGGUACGAAGUAUAUGGCGGUAAAACGGUGAUGAAAGGCAUGCGCUUUUCAUUUUCUUCAUUCUGCCUGUUGAUCCUC